AUGGAUAUCACCUUUGAAGAAAGACUGCCGACUUAUUUUAUUGGCCAUGGUGGGGUCAGCAUCAUGUUCAAGCCUCAGCAUGAGCUCGUGCGACAGGGUCUGCGCGAGCUUGGUAAGGAGAUCAAGGCCUUAAACCCUACGGCAAUCGUCUGCACAUGUGGUGAAUUUCAAAGUGACAAUGAUUUCAUUCAAGGUUGGCCUCAAGCGCUAUGUAAUAUCCCAAGGCAAAUGCUGACGAAUAUCCUGUUGCUAGUCAACCUCAAAGAACCAACUAAAGUAUGGCACGAUAUCGGUCCAUCUUGGCGCACAACAUUUCCCCACGUAUUUGACUACGAUUACUGUCAUCAGUCCUCUCGGGCACUGGGUGAGCAAGUGCUGCAGCAUCUGCAGGCCAAGGGCAUCAAGGCCGUGGGCGUUGAACGCGAUUUAGAUCACGGAAUAUGGGUUCCUUUCAAACUCAUGUUUCCGGAUGGAGAGGACGAGCUAGAUGUCCCAAUCUUGCAGAUAUCGACGUACGCUGGGGAUGAUCUAGAGGCUCAUAUUCAACUUGGCGAAGCUCUUUCGUCUCUUGAUGGGCGUAUUCUUUUCAUCGGGUCGGGAAUGUUAUGUCAUAACCUAAGGGCGACUCGACUGGGAACCUCUGACACCGCUGUUGCCAAAUCGUUCGAAGCAGCUGCAGGUAAAGCUCUGCGGGCCCCAACUCUGCAGCAAAGGAAUGUUGAGUUUCUGACGUUACAGAAACGGGAUGAUUGGAUUGACGCUCAUCCAACUGCGGAGCAUGUGUUACCCUUGUACAUGACGCUAGGCGUUGGGCUGAGUCUGAACCGCAAGGAGUGGAAGGUCUGGAAUCAAGAUCAGUGUAUAAUUGGGCAGUCGUAUUACACUUUCCGGCUGGGGUGA